UUGGCUGCUCGACUUGUCCUCCGUAAUGUCUGGAACGCAACGUGUAGUUCCGCCCAGAGGGUGACAUCGAAGUACUAGUUGAAGGAGAAGAAGCAGGCGGCAAAGAACAGUCAGUUUUACCUUUGAACACUACCAGCUGACACACACGCCAGGGGAAAUUGACUGGGAUCCAGCGAUACGUAUUUUUCUUCACGGCGGCACAGAGCAGUUUAUAGUGACCAGAAAAGGAAGAUGGAUGAGCUGCAGGAUGUACAGCUGACAGAGAUCAAGCCCCUGCUGACUAAUAAGAAUUCACGCAACUUCCAAGACUUUGAUUGCCAGGAGCAUGACAUCGAGACACCCCAUGGCGUCCUCCAUGUUACCAUGAGGGGCGUUCCCAAGGGCAACCGACCUGUGAUCCUUACCUACCACGACAUUGGCCUCAACCACAAGUCAUGCUUCAACACCCUGUUCAACUAUGAGGACAUGCAGGAGAUCAUGCAGCACUUUGCCGUGGUCCACGUUGAUGCGCCUGGCCAACAGGAGGCGGCACCACCCUUCCCCACCGGUUACCAGUACCCUACCAUGGACGAGCUGGCAGAGAUGCUGCCAUCUGUGAUGACUCAGCUCAAGGUGAACAGCGUGAUUGGCAUUGGCGUUGGAGCAGGAGCUUAUAUCCUCACUCGCUUUGCACUGAACAACCCCGCCCUGGUGGAGGGUCUUGUUCUGAUCAAUGUGGACCCCUGUGCUGAGGGCUGGAUUGACUGGGCUGCCUCCAAGUUGUCUGGAUGGACCAGUAAUCUGGUGGACAUUGUGAUGGCCCACCACUUCAGCACUGAUGAACUGACAGAGAACCAGGAACUGAUCCAGACCUACCGUCUCCACAUUGCUCAGGAUAUCAACCAAGACAACCUGGCCCUCUUCUGUGGCUCCUACCAAUACCGUCGAGACCUGGAGAUCGAGAGGCCAAUCGUAGGUCUAAAUGAGGACACAGUCAACACACUAACGUGCCCUGCUCUGCUGGUGGUUGGUGACACAUCACCUGCUGUGGAGGCUGUGGUGGAGUGCAAUUCAAGGUUAAAUCCCACCAAGACCACCUUGCUAAAGAUGGCUGACUGUGGAGGCUUGCCCCAGGUUGUGCAGCCUGGCAAACUUGCUGAAGCCUUCAAAUAUUUUGUUCAGGGCAUGGGCUACAUGCCGUCAGCAGGAAUGACUCGUCUUGCCCGUUCCCGCACCACCUCCUCCUCCAGCAUCACUUCCAUGGACAGCAGCCGCAGCCGCAGUAACCUCAACAGCCUGCUAGAGGGCAGUAACACUGGGGCUCUGGACAGCCAAGUCGGGCCGCAGACCAUGGAAGUUUCCUGUUAAAAUUACCCCUCCUCCCUACCCCUUAUUAUUGAGUGGUGGCCCUAGGUGCUGCCCUUAGCUCUCCUUCAUCAUCCCUCAGUAACUUAUGUGUCCAAUCUCUGUCUCUCCCUCUAUCGGUCUUUGUCCCUCAUCUUGCUCCUGAGCUACUCGAUGCCAGGAGGCUGUAUAAUGAAUUGCGUGAUAGCUAUGAGGAUGUAAUAAAUAUAUUAAAAGAUUCAUAUUAUUGAAUAUUCUACUGAACAUUCUGUCAAAGUCACAUUUCAAGGGGAAAGAAAUAUGAAUAACUAUGUAAAAGACAUUGUAUAGCCCACUGGUCUAAUGGUGUGAUAAACACAACUGUUUGUA